UAAUACCUCUCCACAAUUAUCCAGAUGUGUGAUAUUGAUUUAUUAGCGCUAUCGAGAAAUUAAAAAGAUCCCUUAGGAUAUAACUAUAGACAGUUGUUCUUAUCGUGGUAAUGUGUUUCGCCCGCUUUUUCAAUGCGAGACCAAAGCUGAGAGGCUACAAAAUUACAGCCGUUGAUUGCAGUGAGCCGUACACGAAUUAGGCCCUUUUCUUCAUUUUUUUUAUUUUCAUAAUUCCCAGUUCAUGCGUUCAGACCUUUUAUCGAAACAUAUGCAUGUUUCUGAACGCGCCGGCCGGUCGACCGGUUUCGUUCUUCAGCCUUUGAAUUGCCGCUCCGUGUUCGAAUUUUGAAUCAGUCCAUGCCGAGCGCUGUUGCUGUGAGGACGUGUUAUAAUAAAAUUUUGUUUAAGAUUAUGUUUACGCGAUAUUUAUGUGUUUGUAAACAGUGAUUUUUUAACUGAACAUGACACAAAUGAGUGAUAAUAUUUAACUGUGAUUAAGGCAAUAAUGAUGGCCAGGAUUUUAAGUGUUAUUCUUCUGUGCGGGUGUUUGGCGGCUGCGGACCAGGAGGAGGUGGAGGGUGGGAAGUGCGAGAGGAUCAAGCUCCCGUACUGCCAGGACCUGGGCUACAACUGGACGGCCAUGCCCAAUCUGAUGGGCCACAGGGAUCAAAAGGAAGCUGAAGAAGCGAUGGAGAAGUUCUCCGGACUGAUAUCGAGUGAGUGCUCGGUGCACGCGCGCUUCCUGCUGUGCUCGGCUUUCGCCCCGCUGUGCUCCGAGCAGGUGUCGGGCUCGGUCAGCGCCUGCCGCGCUCUCUGCGACACCGUCUCCGAGGAUUGCAGGGACCAGCUCAAGCUGCUGCCGGCCACGGUGGCGCUCGACUGCGGCGCUUUCCCACUGCGCGCCGUACGCCGACUGUGCAUGCGCCCGCCCAACGCCAGCGAGUUGGAGCCGGAGCCGCAGCCGCCGCCGCGCUGGCCCUUCCGCGACCCCGAGUUGCGCGAGCAUGGUUGCUCACCGGCGCACGCAAUGUCGCCCACCGGCGAGUGCUGGCCGGCGUGCGGGCAGCACGCGCGCUACUCGCAGCCCGCCAAACGCACGGCGGAAGUCUGGAUGAACACGCUCGCUUGGCUGUCGCUGCUGUCGACCUCGUUCGCGCUGCUCACCUUCUGCGCCGAGCCCUCGCGCUACCGCUACCCCGAGCGGCCGAUGGUGUGGAUGGCCGCGUGCCACGCCGUCGUCGCGACGGCCUACGUAAUCCGGAGCUGGCUGGGCGCGCGAGCGGUGUCGUGCGCGGGGGGUGCGCUGGCCGUGGACGGGCUGGCCUCGCCGGCGUGCGUCGCCUUCUUCUCGUUGACGUACUAUUUCACUCUGGCGGCGGACGCGUGGUUCGCCAACGCGUGCGUGGCGUGGUACCUGACUGCGGCCAGCGAGUGGUCGACGGAGGCGCUGGAGCGCGCGGCGGCGUACCUGCACGCGGCGGCGUGGGGCUGGGCGGGUGCGUGGACGGCGGCGGCGCUAGCGCUGCGCCGGGUGACGGCGGAUGAGCUGACAGGGACGUGCGGCGUGGCGCGGGCGGCGGCGGGGGCGCUGGUGGGCGUGCCGCGCGGCGCGCUGCUGCUGGCCGCGGUGGCGCUGGCGGCAGGCGCGUGUCCGGGCAUCGUGCGCGUGCGGCGCGCACUAGACUCGCGGGGCGCGCGGCGCGUGGGCCGGCUGGCGGUGCGCGCGGCCGCCGGGGGAGCGCUGUACCUGCUGCUGGCGGCCGCAGCUACCGCCGCCAAGUUGCUGGAGGCGCGUAUCGGAGAGUCUCAGGGCGAGGUGCCUGCACUGGCGGCGCUGGAGGCGAGUCCGGCGGAGGGGGCGUGGGGUGGACUGCCGGCGUGCCUGGGGCUGGCGUGCGGUGUGGCGGCGGGCGCGUGGGCGUGGUCGCGCAAGUCGGGCGCGGUGUGGCGCGCGGCGCUGUGCCCGCCCCGCAAGGCGCCGUGCUGUGCGCCGCCGCUGCUGCGUCCGCACCACCCUUACUACAAGCGGCCGCUGCACGUGUCGCGGGUGUGA